ACUCCCAUGGCUCUGAAGUUCUUCCCCCGCCAGUCCACARCCCUCUUCUCUUUCCUGCGUGAAUACAACCUCUCCCUUUCUUAUUGCYCUCAUCCCUCUCUCACCCGGGCCCUGGGUAUCUUCUUCUCCACCCCCUGCWACUACGUCUUCGCCCAGCAGGCUGGUCUCUAUGGAGACCUCUACAGUGUCAUCGUGUCAGAGGUGGGUGUAGAUGAAGAGUGUGUCCAGAGGGUGAUGUCUCAGCUGAGUGGUGCCGUCUCAUACCUCCACUCCAUGGGCUUCGRCCACCGGGACAUCAAACCAGAGAACAUCUUCCUGUGUGACCGCGCCUGUCGCUGGGUCAAACUGGGUGACUUCGGCCUGGCCCGCCCCACUGGCUGCACCGUCCGCGCCGUCUGGUACGACUCGCCCUUCUGCACGCCUGAGGUGGAGCAGGCCAAAGAAUCUGAGAAAGUGAGGGAGCAGAGAGAGGAGGAUGGAGAGGAGGAGGAGAACAUUUGGAUCACAGUGGAGACCACUAUAGACAGCUGGGCCCUGGGCGUGCUGGUCUACUGCCUGRUGACGGGAUGCUUUCCCUGGGAAGAGACAACCCACGACGACCCCGCCUACCGGAGGUACAAGGAGUGGUACGACCGCGAGACGGAGAGGGAGGAAAGGAGCGAGGGACUGAGAGGGGAYYAGGAAGUAAUUUGGUGCGAAGYUGAAAGMGAAAAGYACAAUAUCRUGAMCCUGGAGAAGAAUCAGAAGUCYAACCCUYUGGCCCCACAGUUUGAAGGCUUCAGCCCACUGGUGAUGUCUCUUUUCAGGGAGCUGCUUAACCCACAGCCCAGGCUUCGAGGAGGCCCUGACGAGAUCCUCAGCUACCUGGGUGGGCCCUGGUUGAUGGAGACGGAGAGAGAGGAGAAGAGGAAAGCAGAGGAGGUAGAGAAGGAGGCCAGGAAAAUAAGAGAGGCAGGAACGGUGGAGGAAGGGAGGGAGAGGGAGGGAAGAGGGGAGAGAUAAAAUGUUUCAUACUAGACAGGUUCGAGAAUUUUUAAGAUGUACUGUACAUUUUCGAAGAGAAUAUUUGCUUUAUAGAGGUUGAUAUUCUGAAUAUUUUGCUGAACAUUUCUUACUCUGUAUUGAUAGAAUUGAGACUACUGUAUUUUGAUAUUGUUGUAUGUUUUACCUUGUAAUAGUUCUCUCCAGUGUAAUGCAACUUAAUAUUAUGUGUGUGUGUGAGCGUGCAUGUGUCAUACCUGCCUGUGUAUGUGCAUGCUUGAACAUGAUCGUGAGUGUGCAUGUGUGCUUAGGGCUAGGUAGCCUCUUUAAGAGAAUACAUUAAUUAGUUCUCCUUCAACACACAGGCUGUAUUAUAAUGAUCACUCUGACACUUUAUGUUGUAAGAAUAUCUAAAUAAACCAGUUUGUAUUUAUA